AUGCGAGUAAUUCCAGGAGGUCGAUAUGGAAAACACAACUACAAAGGAAAACAGCCUGAGAAAAUACAAUAUAGGAACCCGGCAGCUAUUAACUAUUAUGACCACAAAGAUGGAGCCAAAAUAGUUAAGUCAUCACACUUCGAAUUAGAUUACAUGUUAGGAAGAAAAAUCACAUUCUUCUGCAUGGCUCAAGGAUUACCGCGACCUUCAAUAACUUGGUUUAAGGAUGGAGUUGAGUUAUUUCAUCAUCGAUUUGUCCAAGUUCAUGAAUGGCCCAUGGGAAAUGAUACUUUGAAAUCUAAAAUGGAAAUCGAUCCUACGACCCAAAAAAUGCAGUUAGAUCAUUAA